AUGGCUACAUGGAAUUGUCGCGGAGCAGGUGGUAGACUGUUUUCGCGUAUGAUUAAAGAAAUCGUCAUCAAGUACGGUAUUAAUGUUCUUUGCCUGGUGGAAACACGCAUUAGUGGCUUAAGGGCAGAUAAGAUGGUUAGGAAAUCAGGUUUUACGAAUUGGAUUCGUGUGGAAGCCUCUGGCUUUGCUGGUGGAAUUUGGGUACUCUGGAAGGAUAAUGAAGUCGGCAUAAAUUACAUCUGCUCAAACACUCAAAUGAUUCACUGUCAAAUUCAUGAUAGACCAAAAAAAGAAAAAUUCUAUGCAACUUUUGUUUAUGGGGAAACAAUGGCAUAUAGAAGGAUAGAGCUUUGGGAAUCCUUAAAAGUAAUCUCUAAUGCCACAACUGAGCCAUGGGUUAUAGUAGGCGAUUUCAAUACCUUCUUAACGCCGUCAGACAAGUUGGGUGGGGCAGCCCCCAUUCUCCCAGCACUUCAACAUUUCGCAAGCUGCAUCUCGGAGUCCCAAUUAGUGGAAUUACCAGUGGUUGGAGAAAAAUUCACUUGGGAGAAACAAGGGGUUAAAGAGCGGCUAGAUUGGGCCUUCAGUAAUGUUGAGUGGGCUUUGAAAUUCCCUCAGAGCAAAGCUGCCCACGGAAUGAAAUUCAAAUCAGAUCACCGGAUUGUUUUAGUCUCUAACCACAUCAAUACCCCUACUGACAGGCCCCGGGAACGAAGUUUUAGAUACCAAUCAGCUUGGGAGGAUGCCUCGAAUUGGAAUAACUCGGUGGUAGGAAGCAUACCACAAAAAAAGAGGCAAAUCUUGCGAAGACUAGAAGGAAUCGAUAAAGCCAGACAGGACAAGCUCUCCUCUGGGUUUUACAGACUUGAGAAAAAGCUGUGGAAAGACUAUGUAAAAUUAGCAGCCCAGGAGGAAUUAUUAUGGUUUCAAAAAUCAAGAUGUAAUUGGCUUCAAUGGGGAGACAAAAACACUCGCUUCUUUCAUGCUUCCACUGUCAUUAGAAGGCGCCAACAACACAUUGAAACUUUGCAAAAUGAUGAUGGUCGAUGGGUGACUGAUCAUUCAGAAAUGAUGCACAUGGCAACCUUAUAUUAUAAGAAGCUAUACACGAAGGAUGACCAGGUCAGUGAGAGCUUAAACUGGUUGGCGGAAUUUCCCUCUCUCUCCACACAGGAUAUUUAUUUUAUUCAUAAGGAACUUAACAUGGUGGAAAUCAAGAAUGCGGCGUUCAUGAUGGGGGCUUUCAAAGCCCCAGGACCUGAUGGGUUACAACCUCAUUUUUUCUAA